AUGUGGUCAUAUAUGUUUGGAGGAAGUGCCAGGGACAAAGAUGCUCCUAAAAAGGCUAUAAUCACACUAAGAGAACAAGUCAAUAUGCUUACAAAGAAGCAAAACCAUCUUUACACUCAAAUUGAUGAACAAGAUGCUAUAGCAAGAAAGUUUAUAUCAAGCGACAAGGCAAAAGCCAAAAAUGCUUUGAAGAGAAAGAAGGUAUUAGAUAAUGAAGCAACAAAGAUAAGUUCACAAAUUGAUGCACUUGAAGGUCAACUACGUGCUAUUGAAAGUGCCAAUUUGAACCUUGAAACUGUAAAUGCAAUGAAACAAGGUGCUAAGGCUAUGAAGAAUAUACAUGGUGGUCUUACUGUGGAUAAGGUUGACCAAACAAUGGAUGAAAUUAGAGAACAAGCUGAAUUAGGUGAAGAAAUUAGUGAAGCUAUUUCAAGAGCUUAUCCAGUUGAUAAUAUUGAUGAAGAUGAACUAGAAGAUGAAUUGGAAGCACUUCAACAAGAAGAAGUUGACAGUAAACUCUUGAAUAGUGGCACAAAGACUAGCCAAGUUCAACUACCAGAUGCUCCAAACACCAGUAUUAGGGAAGAUAAGACUGCUGUACAAGAAGAAGAGGAAGAUGAAGAUGAAAAAGCUUUGAAAGCUUUACAAGCAGAAAUGGGGUUGUAA